AUGGCCGAAUCACCCGACAUCAGCCAUAAGAAGCGCAAGCUGCAGGAUGGCCCUGAACUAGAAAUCGACAUCGAUGCACCCGAGCCAGUCUCCAAGAAGGCAUUGCGCAAAGCGAAAAAGAACAAGGGAGGCGAUGCUGGAGAUGACGAGAAGACCAAGUCUAGCAAGUCCAGCAAAUCCAGCAAGCCCGAAACCAAGGAUCUUGAGGAGGACACAGCCACAGGCAAACGAUCUGAAUAUGGCGUUUGGAUUGGAAACUUGUCUUUCACAGUGACUAGAGAUGAACUGCGCAUGUUCUUCACGGCAAACUCCGACAUUUCCGAGGCUGCAAUCACCCGAAUUCACCUUCCCAAGGGACCCGAGAAGUUCGGAAGGCCCCAGAACAGGGGCUUUGCUUACGUCGACUUCACCAACAAGAAAGCACUGAAAGAGGCAAUGGGUCUGAGUGAGCAGCUCAUGACUGGCCGCCGUGUGCUCAUCAAGGACGCAAAGAACUUUGAAGGUCGCCCUGAGAAGUCUGAGAGAGAAGGAAACGCCGCCGGUGCCGCCGCCAAAUCCGGUCACCCUCCGUCCAAGCGACUCUUUGUCGGUAACCUGAGCUUCGAUGUCACCAAGGAAUCACUCGAGGAAAACUUCAGCAAAUGUGGAACGGUCACCAACGUGCAUAUGGCGACUUUCCAAGACACAGGGAAAUGCAAGGGAUACGCUUGGGUGGAAUUCGAAGAGCUCGCCGCAGCAGAAGCAGCGGUGAGAGGGUUCAUGCUCGUGAAGGAGGACGACGGCCAAGAGGACGAUCCUUCUGAUAGUGACUCUGACUCGGCCUCUGAAAAGAAGUCGAAAAAGCUCAAGCCCAAGAUGCGCAGAGUCUGGGUAAACCAGCUCUUUGGUCGUCGUAUGCGAAUGGAGUUCGCCGAAGAUGCUUCUACGCGAUACAAGAAGCGCUUUGGUAAGGAUGCCGAGAAGAAGGAUGGUCCCGCUAUCACCGAAGAAGGCGAAUCACAAGAGAAGCCCCGAUACAAGAAGAGACAGGAGCCUAUUGACGAAUCGCGCUACUCAAAGGAAACUGUGCAGAAGCUCAGCGGUGGCAUUGUUGAGUCUCAGGGCAAGAAGGUCACAUUUGAUUGA